UUUUGGCGAUUCCAGCUUCUCUUCCUGGCAAAGAUCAAGUCAUGCGGCUUAUGGCAGCUUAGUCAGACGGCUUUGGGUUCCACUUCGCCCGUAGUUUUGGUCAAAAUUCUACCAUUUGCAGUCAUCCACGCAGCUCGACCAUUUAUACAUAUAUAUAUAUAUAAAUGCUCUUCAUUGGCCGUUGACGUUUGUGGCUCCAGACGCGUGGUUCCGGGCGGGCAAGCGCUAGGGGACACCUCCCUGGCCGCCAGGAUGGACUGGGACUACUUGUCGGGCUUCAUCCUGUUUUGUCUCUUCCUCUCCGCUAUUUUCGCAGUCUUAGGGCAAGUCGGCAGGCAGUCUGGAGCCAUCAAGCACUGAUGGCGUUUCCACUCAGGCAGGGCACGCGCAGCAUCGUCUCGCGGGCCUUGGGGCAUGGAGCGCUGCAGCACUUGCAGGAGGAGGUCGCUGGCAAGUUCGCACAGCUGGCAUCGGGCAAGCCCCCGAACAUCAGCACAGCGCAACUGAUUCAGAUCUUCUUCGAGCUGGGGCUGGCAGACGUGAAGCGGCACCAAGUGGGGGACGUGAUCAAUGACCUCAUGCAGCACGGCUUCUACUGCAAGACCCAUCCCCGCAAAAAGGACAACUGUGGGCCGAUGCCCCCACCAAACGUUGGCUUGACUGAAGCCCAGCGCUGGGCCACGCUCCUCUUUCUUCGUCGUUUGCGUGCCAACCACGCAGGUCCACCUGCCAAGGGCAUGCCGCCGCGUCACCUGGUGCCCUGUGCGGCCACCUGGUGCCAGUGCCCCCCGGGUGCUGCCGGCACGAACAGCUGUGCCAUGCAACAAUUCUUGAAGGACUUCAAGAAGGGCGCAGAAGAAUGAUGAGGAGGCUGGACGAUUGCUGAAGCUUUGUGUCACCGUAGAACAGCGCCCAGAACAUCGGGCCAUGCGUCAACAUGCGUCAACCAUCGAGCACCCUAAAGUGAA